CUGAUUGGCAAGGCCUCCGCGCCGUCCUGCCAUGUUUUAACAAACCUGUGGGGUGUGUAAAGAAAAAACCGUAUUUAGACCAUCAUUUUAUACAAAAAAGGUCUAGUCAUACAAUGGCGCCUACCAAUCCCAGACAGAUCUUUGCAAACUAAGAAAUAACUCAACAAACGUCGCAUAUAACAAAAAAUUUAGCAAUUGAUAGGCAACGGAUCAUGGACCUUCUCAACUAAGAUGGAUUUUGGCAUCGCCAAAAUCUUCAAAACCUUUACACCUUUUGGUGGCCCAAAACAAAAACUAACUAGCAAAGAACAAGGACAUUCUUUUUCACUUUUUGUUUUAAUAUUAUGAAGUACCCGCAAUUGGUGUCAAUGCCUUCGGCCGUAUCAGAUUGGUUAGAGGAACAACUUGAAGCCCGCGGAAUCGAUUCUGAAGUGUACACUCGCUACAUUUUAAGUUUGCUGCACGCUCACACCUUGGACGUUAUAUACCCUGAAGACGAUUUGACGUUUUCGAAAUUUAAAAAGGACGGGGGACGAGGCGUUGUAUCCUAUAAACGCUCGCGUCGCACCGACACCUGGUGGAGACAUGCACAAGCCGAUGCUGAACAAAUUAAACGUUCGGCAGCCGUCCAGUGUCUUAUGUCCGCAGCUGAACAGAGUUGCGAAAUUGAAUCACUUGUAGACGAGCUCUGCGAAAAACUAAAGGAAGUAAAUCCCAAGGGUGACAAUUCACCAAGUAAAUCUAACCAAGACGAAAACAUUUUAAAGGAACCUUUUAUAUCAAAUCCCAAAGAAUUAGCUGAAAGGUAUUUUGCCGCAUUCCCCCCAUUGAACAACAAACAAGAAAACUCUUACUUUUCCUCGAAUAUUCAUCUAGUGUCUAGUAAGUGGCCUUCUCCUGAAAAAGAGCGGGCCGACUCGGUUGCUGCCAAGUGGACGAAUUCAGGGUCUCCUAAGAAAGCGAAAAGAAAACCGAAAAGGCAGCUCAAAACUACCAAUUUGAAGCCCGAGUUUACAAUGAGCAAUAACAGAAAUCGAUUCGGGAAUAAAAGGACGCACUGUGGCAGGAACUUGACCAAGGAAAUGGAGGAUAAUAUUGCAAAUUGGGAAUUUGUUUACAAUAAUAAUAAUAAUUAUCAGGAUGAAGAUCAGUGUUUGAGUCCCAUUAUGGCUGAAGCGUUUCCUGAUGAUGUAGACAUGUGCGACGAUUCCCCAAUAUGCAGGAUUCACGAGUGGUUGGAAAAUGUUGACUCUGAAACGGAUCUCAAACCAGUCCAAGCCGAUACUUCGUCAAAAAGAAAGCGCCUUUACGAAAAGAAACCAGCACCUACAUACUUUUCUUUAUAUCCUUCAACUAUUUGGUCUGAUAACAAAAUACCUAUAAAUAAUAAUAAUAAUGAUAAAUGGGCCAACAAUAAUUUUGAAUAUGGACAGCCAACAGUACAAGAUGGUGCGCUUCAAAGACAUUCAUUAACGUCUUGGCAAUUGGAUGGCGAAGACUGCGCUAUUCGUGAAGAGUAUCAGCAACACGAACCAACACAAAGAGGAGAGGAAUCUGCAAUAAAGGAUGAAUACAAUGAUCGGCCGUACGGGUAUUACAAACAUCUUGCUUCAGCGCCCCAUUUGGACAGCCUAUGGGAUUCUAACAGGAACGAAACAAUUAUUGAUUUUAAAGAAGAUGGAGGUUACGCAUACGGACUCAAUGAAAUUAAUAAAGACAGUAUCAAAAGGCAGGAUGAUGAAUUUAUUCGAGAGAACAACGCCAAUAGAGCGUUGGAACUUGUGAUCAGGCCAAGUCUCCCAUCCGCCUUUUGCCCUCACUGCUUAAACGACUCCAACUGCAACAAUCAAGCUGGGACAGAACUGUCGUAUUGUAGCUCGUUUGUGUCGGACAAAAUGCUGAGGUUGAUGAAGGUUAACCAUAGCUUGUGUAGCAGCGCAUUCAAGGAGUAUUCAAAGCCAAUCCAUCUUCCCUUUCUUCAAAAUGGUCCAUUCAGUCGCCCUUUUGGUCGUCCUAUCAAACGGCCUUACCCAGCAGAAGUGCGGAAAGUGCCAGUAGCCUCUUCUUCUCUCUGGGUAUCUGAAGAUCAAAAAAAAUCUUCUCCAGAUAUUUUCUUUAAACCUAUAAAAGAAAUACCCUUGCCAGCAGAGAAGGAAGAGAAAGUUUAUGAGGAUGGAACCACUUUCCUGAUAAACGCCAAUAUUGAUAAGGUUAAGUUUCAAAGGUCUUCCUCGGGGUCUCUAAUGGUUGAAACAGAAUUUGGAGUGAGCAAGAAGUACCUUGAAUAUAAGUGGCGAUCGCCAAAUCAUAAGCCUGUAGAGAAUUCGUCGGAGGAAGAACGAUCUGAAUUAAUCGUCAAAUUUUGGGUUAAAUCCAACGACAAAAGUUGCCAAACGUCAGAGAAUCCCAAUGAGUCCCAUGAAGAUGCCCAGUUAGGCACAUCUGCAGAUUACCGGGAUGCCUUUCGCGAUACUGUAGAUUCUGACGAUGGCGACGUUUUGAACUGGAAUACUUCGCCAGAGGAAUUAUUAGGCCGAGAACUUGAAGAUCACGAUAGUGCAAACAGUUUGUGCGAAACUGAUGAAAUCGAUUGGAGCUAUGACCCGAAAAUUUGGAAAAAUCAUAACGCAAAAUACCCCUGGCCAAAAAAUCUUGCUAACAAAAGCUUAUCGGAUUGGGACACUAUGAAAGAUAUCUGGUGUGAACCAAAGACUGGUUCCACAUGGGAUACAAAAGCCAAAGAAUCGACUCUGCUAGGGGAAACCAAGGCCAAAUUCGAAAUUGAUGAUAAACUAAGAGAAGAGAUGAAUGAAGAAGCAGAAAGUUUACUAUCUGAUUUAAACAGUCUUCAACUGACACUAGCGGCCAAAAUGGUGAAUGAGGAAGAAGAGGAGUUUGAGAACAAUGUGGUGUUGAAGAUUAAUGAGCCGGUUAAGAAUGAUGAUGGUCCCCGCGAGAAGAAACGGCGUCACAGCUACAUGAAUAACAACACGGACAUGUGGAGCUUUGCCACUCGUCUACAAGAAGACUGCCUCAUCAAUGAUAUGCCUACUGUACCCACGCGCCGUUCGGUAACUUUGUAAAAAAAGCGGUAACCACCCUAGUUAGUUUUUUAUUAACAAGCAAAACCCUUGGGAAAUUGAAGUAAAAUGCUUAUCCACACAUUCAAUUGCUUGUUUUGUUUCGACAGUUUCCCAUUGGUUUUGUAAUAAUAUUAGUACUGUUGGGCGACAGAGAAUGACCAAGUGAAAGCAUCACAGUCUUGUCUUAGUGUCAACGUUGAGUCUUUUACACUCAAAAAGAAACACAGUCUUGCCAAUUAUUUAUGGAGAUUAUGGUUGUGCUGUCACCCAACAGUAUAUGAAUUAAAAAAUGGCUUUGAAAUUAAAAAAAAGUUGGACCGACAGAUUUAACAGGGGCUCCAUCCUCAAACAGAGGAGGCCAUCUAUACACGAGUGACAACUGCCAUAUUAGUUUUAGUGCAGAAUGUGUUUUAAAAAAAAAUGUUUUUGGUCUGCUUUUACAUCCAAAAACAGACAUGAAAUUUUUUAAAAAUAAUCUGUCCUGGUCCAUCGCAAGUCGCUCCUAUUUUUUACGAAAAUGCUUCAGUGGCUUUGAUAAUAAAUGUGUGUACAUAUAUGUUUAUUAUUAAAAAUACUAUGAACAUGGCGGCGUGGCUAGAAGUUUUUUUUUGUCGGUGUUACGUCGCCGCUUAGUUUACAUGUUUAUAAUUUCAGUUAAGUUAGGUAAAAAUAUAGGCAAUUUUUGUUUUGGGAUAACGAAAUAUGUUUUUACGCGUUUCGAGAAAUUUAUUUUUAAGCUGGUAGUGAGAACCAAACUAAUAAAAUUAAUCAAACAAAAAAAAAAUAUAUUAAUAAAAAAUAACAUGCGCAGGUGCAUUAGAUAAAACGCAAUACUGACGCCAAUUUUUUUGUGUGUUUAUACAAGUAACAAAAUAUUAUUGUAUAUAAACAAGAUAUAGACUUAGUAAAAUUAGGCGCGGUUUUAAGGCUAUUGACAAUAUUGAUGUUGAUGGCCUUAAGAUUCAGUUAGUUUAGAAAAUGACUUUUCUUUUUGAAUUUUCCUUUUAAUUUUUCCUUUGCGUGUUUCAAUAUCGUGCGUGUUCAAGUCUGUGCUAAAUAAAUAUAACUUUGUUGUUGAUCAGUAGUUAUAUUCAGAGUAAUGGCGAUCUAGUUUUAUUUUUUGUUUUCGUUUGUUGUUGUUGAGUAAUAUGCUCGAAAUCUGAACUUUUGUAAUACAUGCACUAAUCAAUUAUUGGAGUAAUUGUUCAAAAUUAUCACUGAGAGCCGAUAGCUGUGAUUGAUAAGAUAAGAGAUCUUCUUCGAGUGAAAUCUUAUGGAAAACAAACUAAAAAUAUUAGCCAAUACUGGGUUAAUUGCUCGAAAUAACAUGGUCUGAGGCCACUCUAAGGCUUCUGCUUUGAAACGCGGUGUAAUUCUCACAACAGUGAUAAUUCUGAAAAAUCAAGAAUAUUAUAGCUUCAAAUAUCAUUUGCUUCUUAACUAUACCCUGCGAAGCUUGAGAUCAAACUAAAUGAGUUUAGAGUAUAUUACAAAAAAACUUUUUUGUUACAUUUUUUCAUCAAAAUCUCUAAAGAUCGCCAUUUUUUUUUUGUUUGUUAUUUUUCCUUUUAUUUUCACGUUUUUGUUGAUUUUUCUCACAUUGUAUAAUGUUAUAAUAUACAUGAGGUCUGCCAGGAAAAAGAAAAAUAGCCACACGGAGCUAUUUAAUGAUAGAAACACACUGUAAAAAUGUCACACUAAUUCAAAAAUAGUGGCGGACCCGAAAGCGUUUUUACAGUUCAAGUGUUACAUAACACACAAUCACGUUAAUUUAAAAUCGUAACUAAGGGCAUUAUUUUGCGGCUCUUAAGGAUUGUAUAUAAAGAAAACUAAAAAAUAUCAUCAUUUUUUUUCUUUUGGUUUAUGUGUUUUGUUUGGAUGGUUUAGUUUAGAUUGUUAGGAAUAACUCUUAUUAUAAACGCAACUAGAGGCGGUCAUUUUCCUUAUUUAAUUUUUCAAGAAAUAGGUUUUUUUGUUGGUCCUUUAAUACAUAUACAUGUCAAAAUUUUGAAGUAUCUGUCUCUAGUAAGCUUGUACAGACUUAAAAAAAAAUAUUACAAAUUCAAAAAAAAAAACUAAUAAAAAUAAUUUAAAAAAAAAUCCUAGGCUUCUUCAGCCUUUGUGGUCGAUUAAAAUUGAAAAUAAUAAUGCUCCAAAAAAAAAAUUAAUAAAAAAAAUAUAGGGCAGCUAGAAUAUCCAGAUAAAAAAUAUUAUUUUGUUGGUUUGAACAUGUAUGUAUGGUUUAAGCGUGAAAGUACAGUAUGAAUAGGUGCCUAUAAUCAAUUUUCUUUGAAUUCUAGAAGUUAUAUCGAGUUUAUUUGUUUUCUAUAAGUAAUAGUGACUGAGCACCAGUCUAAAAUUUUAGUUUAAGGGUCAGUUUGUUUCGUAAUUAUUCAGUACUUGAGUUGAUGGGGAUUAAAGGAGUAGUGGCUCAAGAAACAUCAAUGGUUGAUUUUCUAAUAAUUAACUAAGUCUCACAAUAUCCUCUUUUGAUGUCAGAGAUGCCUCUUCAAAUAUUCUGAUGGUUUUUGAACUGGUUUUCUAUAGCUUUGUUCCAACACAGCAGGAAACUUUAUAAUACCUUAAUAUUUGUGCAUAGAUUCCGAAAUUCGUAUACAGAGUAGUUUCGGGGUGGUUUUUGAUAGGUUGGAUCAGAUCUUAUAGUACAACUUUCAAAACCUAAGAUAGUGGGUGGCAAAUAAUGUCCAAAAGGAAGCCUAUCCAAAAACAAUAGAGAGAGAUUGAUUUAGCAUGGAUUUAGCUGAUACUUAAUGGAAAUCCAUUACAAAUUUUUAAAGAAAUUUGGGACGUAACCCACUAUUUUUCUAUCCCCAUUAACUAACUGUUAAAAUUACGAAACAAGAAAAUCAUAUAGAAAUAUUCUAUGUACCCAUUUUGGGUGCGCACGAUUGGUGCUCAUAGAUCCUAGAUUAAACUAGAAUUAAAUUAGUUUUUUCUGAAAACUCCGACUUUUAAAUUAUUGAAUGAUUGAAUCAAGCGGGUUUAUUUUUCAAUAAUCUUAAAACAGUCAAAUAUAGUUAACCACUAUUAUUUUUUUUGCAAUAAUAAACCGCCCUUUGAACUAUUGGGCCCUUUAUUUUUGCCUAGAAAAAUAUAUAUUUUGUCCCAAAAUAUAUUUUAAAAAAUACCACAAAUAAUAUGUGCAGUGCGAUUGGUUAAGAUAAUUGGAAGUUAUCACUAACUGUCAAUGAAUAAUCUUGAUCUAACCAUUGCACUGGAUUUUAUUUUUGUUAACUCAUUAGCAAAAUAUAUUCAAUUAUCUUUUAUUUUCCAACUAAAAUAGUAUAACCAUUUGAAUAAUAAACCUUAAACGAUAUGCCUUAACGUUUGUUAUAAGUGUAGAUUAUAAAAAUAUAUCGCAUAACUACUAUUGGUUCCAAUUACAUUGUCAAAGAAAAGAAAAAACAAGAACCAAUAAAUUAUUGCUGAUUAUUAAUUGAAACAUCAUUAUUAUUUAUAUUUUCUAAUAAGUGACAUAAGUAAAUGGAUUCACAACGUUAUUAAUGUUAAUGGGUUUAUUCAGAUCUAAUAACAUAUUUCAACAAUAAUGCCUAUCAGAUUUAGAUCUGAUUGGCUUCAACGUGUAUUAUGUGAUUCUAGUAGAAAUAUUUCUAUUAAUAGAUAUCAUGUUAUUUUGUGAAAGCCCAGACAUUGAUUAUAAUAGUUACUUAAGUUCCAUUUGGUCUCUAUAAAUAAAAUGAAAGUUUUGUAUAAAAAACAUAGGAUUUUUUGUAAGAUUAAAAUGUUAAGAAAAAGCGAAGUGUUCCUUGAAACUUACACUUUUUUUAAAUUCAAAGAAGUUGCUUUCAAACUGCUCAAAUUUACUUUAUCAAGGAAUAUUGAAUUUUACCUUUUUGACUCGAUUCAAAAUAAUCUACACACAGCAAUUUUCAAAGGCAACUUCAAUGGAUGCAAUACCUAUGUAAACAAUCACUAAUAAAAAUUUUGAGAUCAA